AUGGAACAGCGGAACCGGCUCGGCGCCCUCGGAUACCUGCCGCCUCUGUUGCUGCACGGCCUGCUGCUCUUCGUCGCCGACGCUACGUUCACCGAGGUCCCCCAAGAUGUAACCGUGCGGGAGGGAGACGAUAUCGAAAUGCCCUGCGCGUUCCGGGCCAGCGGAGCCACCUCAUACUCGCUGGAGAUUCAGUGGUGGUACCUUAAGGAACCUCCCCGGGAGCUGUUACACGAGCUGGCGCUCAGCGUGCCGGGCGCCCGGAGCAAGGUAACAAAUAAGGAUGCAACUAAAAUCAGCACCGUGCGUGUCCAGGGCAAUGACAUCUCGCACCGCCUUCGGUUGUCUGCUGUACGACUGCAGGAUGAAGGAGUUUACGAGUGUCGUGUGUCGGACUACAGCGACGACGACACUCAGGAACACAAGGCCCAGGCAUUGCUGCGCGUGCUGUCGCGCUUCGCACCGCCCAACAUGCAGGCUGCUGAGGCAGUGUCCCACAUUCAGAGCAGUGGCCCGCGUCGACACGGAGCCCCCAGCGCUGUCAGCUCCAGUAACGCAGGCGCCACUGCCCGCACCACCUCUGAACCCGGGCACAGCUACAAGAACGCACUUCCUGGGAGCCCUCCUGCUGUACCAGAAGUUCCAGAGGCUGCUGCCGCUGCCGCUGCCGCCGCUGCCUCUGCGACCCACACAGCUACCACCACCACUGCUGCAGCAGCUGCUGCUGCUUCAUCAGCGUCACCACCAUCGGGCCAGGCAGUCCUUCUGCGCCAGAGGCACGGUUCCGGUACUGGCCCUGGCUACAGCGCAGACCCUCUGCUGUCUCUGCUCUUGUUAGCACUGCAUAAGUUCCUGCACCCACUGCUGGGGCACUGACAGCCAUAAAACCUCAGUAGGCACCCUGGGAGGACACCUUGCCACAUGGACACAGGGACCAAGGGAAGCAUGAAGAAGUCCAUGCAGAAAUAAAUAAACCAUAUUUUUGGGGAAGUAAUACAAAUUUA